AAGUAGGAUUUAGUGGGACUAGAACAACCCUAAAAGGAUUUCUCCCCAUGGGUCUUUUUUGUUGAGAUAUGAAGGUUUCAAGUUUAGGACCAAAAAUGUAGAUAAAUUGGUUGUUGUGCUUGAAUUAUAAUACUAAUAUAUAUCAAAAGAAAAAUUUAUGAUCCAAAAUAUUUACACACUGAAGUGUUUUACGCGUUUUUCUAUAGAUCAUUUUGAGAGUUGUGUAAAGGUUGCUGAAGCCCUUUUCUUUGCUGAUCUGAAAGAUGGAAAAGCUGAAACAUUCGAUUCGAUCAUUAGAACAAGUAAAAACGAGUUUUUAGUUUAUUUCUGCAUGACAGUUUAGUGAAUGUGAUAACUGACGAAAAAGUGAUCGAAACAUAGGUCUUUUCAGCAGUGACUCCAUAUCAUGAAAGGCGACUGGUCGCAUAAUUGUUCGCCACAUUUUUCGCGGUCAAAAGAAAAACAAAUUUCCUUAACGUUUUGAAAUGGACCCGGAUUUUCUUUCGAGUAGCCGCUGGCGUACCAUGCGCGUUUUAUCAUAGGAACAAAUAUAGAACUGCUCAUUUGAUUAUGAAUCAACUACUGCAGACGUAUGAUAUUGUUUCGUUCACUCAUAUUGAUGUUGAGUUUAUCUGAUCGCACUCGAUUAUAGGCUUUCCUAGCGAUAGCCUUCCAUUGUCCAUUAAAAUAGACAUCCAAAGAUUGUAUUAACAAUGUCGUUCUUGGAGAAAUUUAGACGUUCGAGGUUUUUUAAAUUUUCGUGGAGAGUUUUAGCUCCUUGUGUUCACCACGAGUUGGAAAGCAAUAGGUAUUUAGAAUUUUUCGACAGAGACGGUGCGAGAACAUGGUCUCUCCAAUACUCCACUAACGAAGCUGUUAAUUUUCCAGAGGCACUACAUGUACAGACAACAUUGUCUGGUUUGAACAGAUGCACCUUGAUAUUGUCAGACAUUUUACCUUUAACUUCUUUCAAACAAACAAAAACUGGCCCGAUUAGAUGCCCACCAAGACUGAUUAUUUGUUGAACAGCAUAUGAAUGUGUUGUUGGACUGAUUGAACGUACACACCCGACAGUCGUCUUCUCGCCUUGAUAUGACUGUGUACGAUUAGAAUGAAGUUCUAGUUCUAUUCCUAUCUGAUCCGUGUUAAGAAUAUUGUCGUCAUCAUAUUUUUGAAAAAUCUCACGAGCCUCAGUUACAAAACUAUCAGCUGAUUGAACAAUACUUUAGCUCUUUCGUUAACCGUUAUCUAACACUCCUACCUGAUCAAUUGUUUAUAUAUUAUAGUCCAAAACUAAUACAACUGCGAUGUCAUACACAUCUGUAUCGAAAUAUUUAUCGUCAGACGGUGAAAUAUUGUUCAUUCACAAAGAAACAAACGGGUGAAAAUCAUGAAAUGGGUAUAUACGACCGGAAUAGCUCUUGUCUUCUGUCUAAUUUUACCAUUUCAUUCAUCAAGAAGUGGAACAACAAGUGGAAGAAUUACAAGAGCAAAAUUCCACAGAAGAUGAUCCAACGAUCGAAGAAGAUGAACUGGCAGAUGAAGAGAUCGACGAAGAAAUUGCUCAUCUGCUAGCCGCCGAGCUAUCAGCGCCACCACACGCACAUACUUGCAUCAACAAUGAACAUGAUUAUGCUCAACAAUCGUGUCCACCAAACAACGAAGACAGUGCAGUCGUCAUACAUCUUCCGGAAACACGAAGCUUCAACAGUUUUAUGGGACAGAGAUUUAUCGAAGAUAUUGUGAUCUUGGUGACUAUCGAUUGCGUGAGGAGUUUGAAAGGCGGCGAUUGUAGCCACAUAUUGGCUGCAAAACGAAAUGCUGGAUUGCCAAUUAUCCAACCAAAACCUAAUAUGGAAAAAUUGAGAGAAGCAUCAAAACUGGAAAAGAAUAUCAAAAAGUCGGGUACAAAAAAGCCAAACGUUUUGGAUAAAGAGACGCCAACAAAUUCAACAAAAAUAGUCCAGACAAAAUUAGUUAAAAAACCAACAAAAGUUACUCAAUGUCGAACACCAUUGGCGAAUAUACUCAAUAUCAGUGACGAUGAUUUUUGA